CAUGUUUUUUUUCGCCUUUGUUACAUAUAUAUAUAUACAUAUACAACAUGGCUGGAUUAUAGAAUAGCCACCGCUGCGAAUAGGACAUAUGCAAGGCGAGUUUAGUCCUGAUUAAGAACAUCCCAACAAUACAGUUGGAGUUGUUUUAGGGUUAGACGAGUCCCACGUUACGUUGUUUUAAAGAUGCAUAGUCUCACUAAAGCAACGCUGGUUUUAAAUGGAAUUGGGCGGCGGUGUGUUGCUAUGAAUCGUUUUUCAGGAGCAAGAAUCAUUUGCAGGGGACUCGCGUGUGCAGCAGAACAUGGGGAACAUGAAAUUAGCUUUAUGAUGUCAUUAUAUCUGGAGGAGGAAUGGUUGGGACCGCUAUGGCUUGGUCUUUACGUGAGUCGAGGCACGGAUCCAAUCUUGGAGGGGAAGAAGAUUCUGCUGCUUGAGGCAGGCAACAAAAUGGUGAUGGACAAGGUCCCAGACGCCUAUAGUACCAGAGUCCGCUCCAUCAGCCCAGGUUCUGCCACCCUCCUCAGGGGUGCACAAUUAGCAGGUGUUGGAGCAUGGAAUCACAUUAUGAACAUGAGAUGUAAGCCCUAUCAGAAGAUGCAGGUUUGGGAUGCCUGCUCAGAUGCCCUGAUUACAUUCGAUAAGGAGAACCUGCAGGGCGAGAUGGCAUACAUUGUGGAGAACGACAUCAUUGUGGCAGCCCUAACAAAACAGCUGGAGAAUCUGUCUGAUCAGGUGAAGGUCCAGUACAAAACCAAGGUGGUGAUGUACACUUGGCCCAAGUCUCACCAGGUAGCUGAAUCCAUCCCCUGGGUUCAGGUCACCCUGGCCAAUGGACAGACAUUUCAAACCAAACUACUGAUUGGAGCAGAUGGGCCAAAUUUGAUGGUGAGGCAGGAGGCGGGGAUAUCCCACGGUCAAGUGGAAUUACGACCAAUCAGCUGUUGUGGCUGUCCUGCAUCUCCAACAGAGACCAAUGUUGCGUGGCAGAGGUUCCUUCCAAUAGGACCCAUAGCAAUGUUACCGUUGUCAGACACAGAGAGCUCUUUGGUGUGGUCGACUAGCUACUGCAGCUAGUUGAGGAGAGCUUUGUGGACACCAUCAACUCUGCCUUUGUGAGUCAGGCCUGACCCUACCAAAUCAGCGAAUGACAAUGAGGAACAAGUGCCAAAAUACAGCAGAGAGAGAAAUGGAUAUCUGAUAUAUCCAUAUGUGAUAUGAAAAUAACAUUUAUGAAUGGAAAUGCUAUUGUUAAAAUACCAACAUAUGCACACUAAGUGCACCAAUGAACCAGUUAGCCAAUACCAAUGGGUGCACUUGUCACUGUUCUCUAUCUACACUACAUCAUACGUGUAGACAAUGCCAACGUUGCCGGCCUAAAGUUGCUUUCCCAAGCCGGCUAUUUUUACUGGUCCUGCCAAUAGGGUCACCCCGGUUCAGUCAUGCUUGCUUUCAGGCCUGGUUCGCUAAUUAAACCUGUGGUCUGCCAGUGUUGGUCAUUACUGCAUGGAAUGGUUUUCAAACUUAGCUAAUUCAACAGCAUGGCCUGACCAGCUUCUUCUUUUAAUUAGAAAGGCUCCUGUAAUGCCGCCAAACCAUUUUGUUAGAAAGGAAAAGUACACACACUCUGCAUUUCUGCUCUAGUUUGCAUCUUUGUUAACUUCUUCUCUCUAAUUGUCUACCACACCCCUCUCUAUCUUUUCUGUACCGCCCCCUUCUCUGUCUGUCUAUUCCUCUACCCUCUGUUACUGCCUCUCUUUUUCUGUCUCUUCCUUUCUGGCUUGAUCUCUUCCUCUGUCUCUCUCUUCCUCUCUCCCUUUGUGUCUUUGUGUCUCUCUCUGUCUCCCUCUUAUCUGUCGUCUUUGUCUGCCAGUGGCGUGGCAAGAAUCGGCCCAAAAAGCCGGGUCAUGUUCCUCCUGGGCAUGGGCCACGCAUCAGAGUACAUCAGGCACCGGGUGGCCCUCAUCAGGGGCCAUGCAGCAUCUGUUGGAAUAUGAGGCGGAACGGCAGCGACACAACCUGC